UCCCGCCCGCACGAGCCGUACUAUGUUAGCCACCGAACACUUCAAAUGUUCCACGCUCUGUACAGCGAAACUGUUGUGUUGUGGGAGGAAUUAAAACCUUUGAGCUUUAAUCUUUACAGAUACUCCUCAAAUUCGGCGACCAUCGAGUUUUUGUAUCGUAAAUUAAGCAGUGGUUGUAGACGGGUAACAUUUGUUGAUUAUUCGGCUUAGUUACGUUGGCAGCGACUACUGGGGUCCACGUUGUAGAAGGACACGGAGAUACCAGAGCACAAUGAUGAAGUAUAUCCUGGUAACCGGAGGCGUCAUCUCGGGCAUCGGCAAAGGCAUCAUUGCAAGCAGUGUGGGCACAAUCCUGAAGUCAUGCGGCUUACAUGUGACUGCCAUUAAGAUCGACCCUUACAUCAACAUAGAUGCAGGCACAUUUUCACCCUAUGAACAUGGCGAAGUGUUUGUGCUGGAUGAUGGGGGUGAGGUAGACUUGGACCUGGGGAACUACGAACGCUUCCUUGACAUAAGGCUGACCAGGGACAACAACCUGACCACCGGCAAGAUCUAUCAAUCCGUCAUCAACAAGGAGAGGAGGGGAGACUACCUGGGCAAAACAGUGCAGGUGGUGCCACACAUCACAGAUGCCAUCCAGGAAUGGGUUGUGAAACAGGCCACAGUACCAGUUGAUGACGAUGAUGUAGAACCUCAAGUUUGUGUAAUAGAGUUAGGAGGCACUGUGGGGGACAUAGAGAGUAUGCCUUUCAUCGAGGCCUUCAGGCAGUUCCAGUUUAAAGUGAAGAGGGAGAACUUCUGUAACAUUCAUGUCAGUCUGAUACCACAGCCCAGUGCAACAGGAGAGCAAAAGACCAAACCCACACAGAACAGUGUCAGAGAGCUGAGAGGACUGGGCUUGUCCCCUGAUCUGAUUAUGUGUCGCUGUUCCACCGCUCUGGAGAACUCUGUUAAAGAAAAGAUCUCAAUGUUCUGUCACGUAGAACCUGAACAGGUCAUCUGUGUUCAAGAUGUGUCAUCCAUCUACAGAGUACCUUUACUCCUGGAGGAUCAGGGUGUGGUGAGCUAUCUGAGCAGGAGACUGAAUAUGCCCAUAGAGACCCGACCCAGGAAGAUGCUGACAAAAUGGAAGGAGAUGUCUGACAGGUCAGACAGACUGCUAGAGCACUGCUCUAUAGCGCUGGUUGGGAAGUACACAAAGUUCUCAGACUCGUAUGCAUCUGUUAUCAAGGCACUGGAGCACUCAGCCCUGGCCAUUAGUCACAAAUUGGAGGUUAAGUAUAUAGACUCAGCUUCUUUGGAGCCAAGCACCCUGCAGGACGAACCGGUGAAAUACCAUGAGGCGUGGCAGAACCUUUGCAGUGCUGAUGGAAUCCUGGUUCCAGGAGGUUUUGGUGUCAGAGGAACUGAAGGAAAGAUUCAUGCCAUCAACUGGGCUAGGAAACAGAAAAAACCUUUUCUAGGUGUGUGUCUUGGAAUGCAGUUGGCUGUAUGUGAAUUUGCCAGAAAUAUGCUUGGCUGGAAAGAUGCCAACUCUACAGAAUUUGACCCAGAAUCAAAGCAUCCUGUGGUGAUUGAUAUGCCAGAACACAACCCUGGGCAAAUGGGUGGCACAAUGAGGCUGGGGAAGAGACGGACCAUUUUCCAGACGAAGACCAGUGUAUUACGCAGGCUUUAUGGAGACGCAGACUAUGUGGAUGAAAGGCACAGACAUCGCUUUGAGGUCAAUCCUGAGCUGAAGAGUUACUUUGAAGAGAAGGGCUUCCGCUUUGUAGGUCAAGAUGUGGAAGGAGAAAGAAUGGAGGUCAUAGAACUGGAUGAUCAUCCAUACUUCAUUGGUGUGCAGUAUCACCCUGAGUUCACGUCUCGCCCCAUAAAGCCCUCACCGCCCUAUCUUGGUUUGCUGCUGGCCGCUGCUGGGAAGCUGCAGACUUACUUACAGAAGGGCUGUCGUCUUUCUCCACGGGACACGUACAGUGAUCGGAGUGGCAGCAGCACCCCAGACUCUGAGAUAUCAGAGUUGAAACUGCCUUCUAUCUCAAAUGAAGGACUUUAGACAGGUCUGGACUUAUUGGGAAGUGGACUACAGAUAUAAUCAGAUUGUCAGUGCUGCACUGACUACAGGCAGCUGUGAAUUAAGUGUUGAGGAUUUCCAGGCCUGAAACAUGUUGCCUCUAUACAUGGCCUGAAUCUGGCUACAGAGACUCAGGAAUUCACAUUUGAUGGCAUGUUCCCCCACCACAGCUCUACUAUUGUGGCCUUGUAAUUAUGUACUGCCAGAGUGAGUGACAGCCAUUUGCAGCUUCUUUAAAGUUCCUGUAAUAUGAAUGUGAGAUGGAAAUAAUAAAAG